UGUGGCUGCUGCGGUGGCGACGGGGCCGUUGGGGCGGGGCCUGCGGGGGCAGGAGACGGCGCAGUGACAGGGCCGCCGUGAGUGCGGGCAAGGCGACUAUGGCUGAGGGGCCGGAGGAAGCCCGAGGCCGCCCUCCCGGGUCGGAUGGCGGCGGCGGCGGAGGGGACCUCGAGCCCGGCGCUCUGACCGCCGCCCCUCCAGCCGAACCCCAGGCCCCGGACCGGCCUCCUACCCCGGGCCUCCCGGUCGCUACUGCUGCGGCUGCUGCGGCGGCGGCCGAGCAGUCGGAGCGGCCGUGCGAGCCCGGGAAGCGCGGGGAGGCGGCCUCCGGCUCCGGCGCGGGCGCGGGCCUGCAGGAGCCGGCGGCUGGCGAGGGCCCCGAGGCCGCGGGGCCGCGGGAGAGGGCGGCGCGGCUGAGCGCCCGCGAGUACUCGCGGCAGGUGCACGAGUGGCUGUGGCAGUCCUACUGCGGCUACCUCACCUGGCACAGCGGGCUGGCCGCCUUCCCCUACUGCAGCGCGCAGCCCGCCCCGCCGAGCUGCCCCGCGGCCGCCGCGCCGCCGCCUCCCCAGCUGGGCUACUACAACCCCUUCUACUUCCUGGGCGCCGCGGCCGCCACGCCGGACCCCGGGGCGGCGACCGACCUCAGCACCCCGGCCCCGGCCGCCGCGCAGGGCCCCGGGGCGCCCCAGGUGCAGGGCUCAGCCCGCGCGGCCCCCGGGACCAGAGUAGCAGCAUCCGCUGCCCCUUCGCGAACCCAAAGCGACGCGGGGCGACAGGCAGGCAGAGAGUAUGUUAUUCCAUCCUUGGCUCACAGAUUUAUGGCAGAGAUGGUGGAUUUCUUCAUUCUCUUCUUUAUAAAAGCAACCAUUGUCUUAAGCAUUAUGCAUCUCAGUGGAAUAAAGGAUAUCUCUAAGUUUGCGAUGCAUUAUAUCAUAGAAGAAAUAGAUGAAGACACAUCAAUGGAAGACUUGCAGAAAAUGAUGGUUGUGGCUCUUAUAUACAGAUUAUUAGUUUGUUUCUAUGAGAUAAUUUGCAUUUGGGGAGCAGGUGGAGCCACCCCUGGGAAGUUCCUGUUAGGGCUUCGAGUUGUAACAUGUGAUACAUCUGUGCUUAUUGCACCAAGCCGGGUCUUAGUGAUUCCUUCCUCAAAUGUUAGCAUAACAACGUCUACUAUACGAGCUUUGAUCAAGAAUUUUUCUAUUGCUUCUUUCUUCCCUGCUUUCAUUACAUUGCUGUUUUUUCAGCAUAAUCGAACAGCCUAUGACAUUGUAGCAGGAACCAUUGUAGUAAAAAGAAAUGGCGUCAGAUGAUGCCCCCAAAAGCUCUGAAUUCCAUAUUCUCUGGAAUAAUGAAGACUCAAUUAUAUAUCAAGGCCAUCAGUAUCCCUGGGUUACAUUAAUUGAUGAAUUAGAAAUUAAAGUAGUGGCUCCAGUGCGAUGCAGGUGACUAUUCUGAAAAGUAUUAAUUUUACUUGAAUGCCAAAGAAUUUUUCCAGAAGAAAAACCUGUUCGAUUCAAGUGUUAAAAUUUUUAGAUGGCAAGUGGUUUUAUAAUCAGCAGUGGAUAAUAAUCUCUUUAAGACACUACAUCUUGGGUUUUAAAAUCUCCAAUUGAAACCUCAAAAAUUUUAUUUUGGUUUUAUCCCAAAAUGAUGGAAAAUGUCCAGCUGUGUUUUGUAAACACUUUUGUUAACACUUCUUAGGGGAAUUGUCUUUGCUUUUUGAAUGGGGUAGGGGAAAGGACUGGGGAGGGUUGUUAGACAAGACUUGAUAAGCUACUUAUCUCCUCAUAAGUAACUGAUAAGUUAGCUGCAAGAGAACAGUGUGAGGCAGGCUUAAUAGUUCUCAGAUUUGUACUACAGUUUAUUGUGGGCAUAAUAAGCUGUACAGUUAUUCUUAAUGCUUAAACAUGUAUUUGGGGGUAAGGUUUGCAUGAUAAUGAAAAAGUAUUGAUUCAUAUUAUACUAUUGACCUUUCUUUAGUCGUUACUCUUAAUGGGAAAAAAAGCAACUCUUUACUAUAAUUCUAACUUAAAAUUUAUGUGCAAGUGUCAAACUAUGUAUAUGGGGGGGAUGUUGCAUAUUUACUGUAAAAUGAUAUUCCCAGUAUGUGUACAGUAUGGAGAAAGUAUUAGUGCUUUUCAGUGUUCUGAAUUUAACUCCUUUUUAUACACAAAAAUAUGCACUUGUUUUUGUUUAUAAUUCCAUAACUUUUGAAACAUCAAGGAGUUAAUCUCAGUAUUUCAUGAUUAAAUAUUAAUAGCCUGUGAAAUAUUAACACCCUCUCAUUAUAGAUUGUUUAUUUCAAAUAAGAGUAGCAUAUCUAUACAUUAUUCUAAGUUCUUUGGUUCUAUGAACCAGAAGGUCACUUUGGGCCUGCCAGGGAUUGGUGUUUUAAAGAAAAUGUUAAUCAGACAGCAUUUUAUGUAUUGUCAAUUUAUUAUUCUGUUGAAGCAAAAUGGUGGUUUUAUGUGCAUGCUUUUGUAGAUGCCCAGUCAGCUGUUAACAUAUACUAGACUGAAAGUUUUGUCUCUUAGGUAUUAAAAAGCAAAAAACAAAACAAAACAAAAAAAAAAACAAAACACUAAGUUUAUCAUCAUUCAGUUGCUUAAAUGAUAAAUGUAAACUUUAACUUAUGACUAUCAAUUUUAAAGUAGGUUUUUAACAUUUGAAAUUGUGAGAGUAUACUCAUUUUUAUAUGACUGUAACAAUGUCCUUAUUCCUUUUAAAGUGCCAUAAACCAUGGUUUUCAAAGUAACUACAUGAAAUUCGCGAAGACAGUCUGUUAAGUACGUCAGAGUAAACAGAUUAGUUAUUUUAAGCCUGGGAGAAGAUAGUGUUAUGACCUUUGACAGUAGGAAAAGCUUUUUAAUGUUCACCCCAGGGUCUAAUGCAUGAUUUCACCUCCCAGACCAAUCAUUCUUAUUUCAGAUAGACACCAAAGCACUGUAGCUUUCCCCUGAUGGUACUCUCAUGUUUGCUAAGGCUUUAACUUGGGCCACAGGGGGAUAACAAGGCAAGUGCCUCCCUCAGUGGGUGAGCUGUCAAGCUGUCAGUCUUACUGAUUUUUGUUUGUUUGUUUGGUUUCUCCUAAACUAGAAAUUGGGAAACAGACUUACCGCUUUGCAGCACAUACAUUAGCAUUAGUACACAGACCAGACCAUUUCUGCUACUUACUGGGAAUGCAUCUUGUAUAUAUACUAUCUAAGAUGACUAUUUGGCUGUUUUUAUUGACUUAGCAAGAGAAGCAAAGUCCAAUUUGUUGUACUUAAAAUAUUACACAAGUCGUUCAGAUUAAGUCCAUGAACUACAUACAUAGCACUAGAAAACAAAUAGAAGUGUUACUGUUUAUAACAAAUUGCAAGUAACUCAGCACUUAGGAAACCAGUCCCAAAUAAUUGAACAAAUACAAAACACUACAUAACUUAUGUGGAAGAGACAGCCACCACCCCCAGCUCCCAGGAAAUACUUUUCUAUUUAGCAUAUUUCACUUACAGAAAUUCUAACUUUAUGUGAAAGUACCCUCAUGCCAAAACUCUAGCCUAAAAAUGACACUAAGUUUUUUAGUGCAGAUAAUACUCAUUAAGUAUUGAAAAACAAAAAUUGGGAAUCAGCCUGCAUGAGAAUACUGUUUCAGUCAACAUACUCAAAAUAAAAUCAUGGAAGAGGCAGUUAUUUUAGGCAUCUAGAAAAUCUUACCACUGUGGUCUGAGAGGUGACACAGUGGGUAUUGGAUUCUCAACAUGAGGUCCUGAAUUCAGUCCCCAGCAGCACAUAUUCCAGUGAUGUCUGAUUAUGUUUCUCUCCAUUUUUUCUCAUUAAUAAAAUCUUAAUUUAAAAAUCUCACCUUCUAUUACUAAAAGUAGCCAUAGUGACCAGCACAGGGGAAAAAUCUGAUGUCCUAAUGUUGAUGUUGAGCCUAGCAGGUGGUGUGAGAUGGCAAGCGUUGCUUUUAGACUAAUGCAUGAUUAUAGUAAUAAGCAAUUCUGGGUACUACACCUUUAAAUUAUCCAACAUACUAUGUAGCACUGGUUCAGAAACUGUUCUACCUAAUCAUGUUCCAGUUUCAAGUACUUAGGGUUGGGGAAAAAAUGCACUAAAUUUGAGGGCCACCUUAUCUAAAGUAAAAAUGCCUAAGGCUUACAUUUUAUUAGUAAAAAAUUACAUAGCAAACACUGAACAUCCCCAGUCUCUGGCAGCCAUAUGAUAUUUAAUUCUAUAUUAAAUCAUGAUUGUCAGAAUGACAACGUGUCAUUUAGCCUAAUGCCUUCAAGCUCCCAUCCCUGUUGUGACAAACGGCAAGGUUAUCUUAAGCAUGAAUACAAAUCCAUUUUAGGGUGAAGUCACACAUCUUUUUUUUUUCUUUAUUGGGGGAUUAAGGUUUUACAGUGAAGAGUAAAUUACACAUCUUUUAACCAUGCUUAGUCAGUCAUGGAUUACAUAUGCUUGUCUACCAUCUAGGUUUGUGUAAUUGCAUUUUAUUAUUAUUUUUUUUUGCCUCCAGUUAUUGCUGGGGCUGGAUGCCUGCACUAUGUAUGAGUCCACUGCUUCUGUGGCCAUUUUUAUUUUGGGGGGUAGGACAGAAAUUGAGAGGGGAGAGGAAGAUAGAAAGGGAGACAGAUACCUGCUUCAUCACUUGUGAAGUGACCCCCCCCCUGCAUGUGGGGGGGGAGCGGGGGGUUCAAAUCGGGAUCCAGUUAGUGUACCAUAUUUACUUCAUCUAUUUAUUUUGGAUAGAAAGUGAGGAGAUAGGGGGAGAAACACCUACAGCACUGCUUCAAUGCUCAUGAAGCUUCCCUGCUGCAGGUGGGGACCAGGGACUUGAAUCUGGGUCUUUGUGCCUGUAAGUCUGCUGUCACUACCUGACCCUGAUAGGCAUUUAGGUUAUAUGUUGACUAUUGUAAAUAAUGUUGCUAUAAACAUGGACAUGACUGUCUCCAAGUUUUUUUUCCCAAUAAACUUCCAAAAUUAUCCUUUUCACCACACAGAUAGCAAUGGUAGUUUGACAUAGUCUAUUAUGUUAAAUUCCCUUUGUUGCUUUGAGUUUAAUCCUACACUUCACCUUUUUAAUAUAUCAUUGAAUUUGGUUAGCUGAUAUUAAGCAUGUAUGUUCAUCAGGAACAUUUACCUAUAACCUAAAUUAUCUAUCUGGUUUUAGUACCAGGUAACAUUUGCCUUGUGGGAUUGAAAGUGUUUCCUCUUCAGCCCUUUGGAAGAAUUCACCAUUGAAGAUAUCUAGUUCUAAACUUUAUUAGCAGUCUAUUGAUUUUUCUAUUUUAUCAUGAUUGAAUUGGCUUAUGUUAGGUCUCUUGUAAUUUUAGUUUAUUCAAUUAGUAGCCUUUAUCUUUUAUAUCUUUCUCAUUUUUGAAUACUUUCUUGGUAAGUCUGGCUGCCUUUGGUUUCCAGGGUUUUUUGUUUCCUUUUGGACACAAAAUUAUCUUAAUUCCACUUUAAAAGGACUAAAUUGUUUGGUUGCUUUAAAUGCUUAAGUAUUUUGAGCAGAUAACAGAAGUUGAAAAUUAAAACUAUUGAGUAAAGGGCUUUUUGAAGGAAUAUUCAGUAUUUUCAUACUAUACUAUUCCUACUAAGACAGGUUGUUUCAUUUGAAGAAUAUGCCUACAAACAGCAGUAUUUCUAAUACCUGACAAGUGUCAUUUAGUUUGACAUUACCCAAUUUCUUAUAUUAAAAGGCCAAAGUUUUUACAAUAUUUACCUGAGUAGUUUGUUUUUAAACUCUGUACCUUUGGAAUUCAUUGGAGAAUCUGAUGGCCUGCCUUUAAAUAAAAUCCAGCAUUCUAUUUUUAGUAAUUCAUAUGCCACCAGUUUGUAACCUUUGUUUUAAUAAAGUCACCAAUGUGUU